UAAACCAAAGCAUACUACAAUGACAGACAUCAGAUUCCCAACAUUUUCUGAUCAUCAUCUUCCUAUGAUGACAAUACAACCUAUGUUUAUUAUUCCUUAGCAUCAAUCCAUGGACGCUGUCUUCUCCCUCCCCGAGCCUGCCAGAGCUAUUUUUCUGCAAUCUAUAGUGCAGUUCUCGGGCUGCUCAUACAUUUGUCUUUGGGCCUAUGAUUCCCUCUUAUCCAACCGUUUGCUGUGUUUGGAUGGAUUGUUCAAUGUAAGAAUCAACCAACCGAGCACUUCUUCGGGGAUUAGUGUAGCUCAAAGGCUUUUUGACCAAUAUAGGAGUUUAACAUUUGAUGUCAAUGACCGUAUUCCAGGACUGGCUUUCAAGAACCGCAGCUACCUUGAGUUGCAGCAACCAGAUCUUCUAAGACGGGCAUGGACCCCAAUACAGACACAAUUCUAUCAGGAAGCAAGGAUUAAGACGGCUGUCUUUAUGGGGUGCAACAAUGGAGAAAUGGAACUUGGAUUCCCAGACAUGUCUCAAGAUGAUAUUCAAACAGCACUAAGGAAUUGGUUUCCGGAUGAAUUUUCCAGAUUACAGUCAUCAUCAAAUCAGCAGGCAAACAUUGAUCAGAGUCAGAAUCCACCUUCAUCAUCUUCAUCUUCAUUGAGAUCACUCUCACUAUCUGCAGGAAGCCCUGAAUACUCAUCCCUUCUGUUCAACAUUCCUGGAUCUUCUCCUCAUUUUCCUCAAGAUCAUCAAUCCCUCACAGCUUCUUCUUCUGGCUCACACCAGCAAGCCAUCCAAGCAUUAGCUCAAGCCACAGUACAGAGCCCAUUUCCCACACCAGAGACUGAAAAUGAUGCUAUAAUGAGAGCAAUCCUUCAUGUUCUUUCUUCUUCUAAUCCACCCUCUUCUUCUUCUUCAGCCCCACUUCAUCAUCAUCAGAAUUUGCCUAAUUAUAUGGUUCAUCCUCAUGAUGGGACUAGUGCCUUCAGGAGGUACAGCCCCAUUAUCCCCUCGCCUUCUUCCCAAAUGGGACCAGGAGGUCAAUUGCGCAGGCAAGGUUUGUUUAAGAGGUCAUUGACAUUCUUUAGAGGCUUGAAUUUCAUCAGAAUGAGAGAACGUAUUCAAACAACUCGCCCGGCCAGCAGUACACAGCUUCAUCACAUGAUUUCAGAAAGAAGAAGGCGUGAAAAGCUCAACGAGAACUUCCAGGCUCUUAGAUCUCUUCUUCCUCCAGGAACCAAGAAAGACAAAGCUUCAAUACUUACAACAGCAAAGGAAGUACUGAGCUCGUUAAUGGCGGAGACAGAAAAGCUUAGAGAGAGAAACAAGUGGCUGGAGGCAGCAACAUCAUCAUCAUCAAUGGCGGCUCCUCCACCAGCUGUGAAAGAAGCAAGUGGCGAUGAUCAUGAAAUCGUAAACGAAAGGUUAAAUGUCAGAACAAUUUCACGCGAACCAGCAUCCAGCCCGUCGGAAGAGAGAAUCGUGGACUUGGAAGUGACGGUGAGGGGACAAAGUUCUCAAGUCGAUAUUCUAAUUCGAUUACUGGGAUUUCUGAAGCAAGAUCAAAAUCUGAGCUUGAUUUCCAUGGAAGCUAACACCCAUUUAGCUCACGCCACUUCCUUCAACCGUAUCACCGUUAGACUGAGGGUUGAGGGGAGUGAAUGGGACGAGGCUGCCUUCCAGGAAGCUGUGAGAAGAGUGGCUGCUGACCUGGCACAGUGACUGACACCUGGACCAAUAACCCUAGCCCACGUCAUCAGCCGUCAUCUAUAAUUUAUUCCACAAAUUUUUACUUGCGCCCCCAACCAAAUAUACCCAUGUAUUUAUUUUAUAUUAUAUACAUAUUAUUUCAUGUGUGUGCAUGCCUAGCAUUUCAAUAUGUACUCUGGAUGCCUGGAGGCACUGCUUUGACUCAAGUGGAUGGGACCCAGGGACCCACCACUCUUUUUGGGAAUCAGAUGUUGUAUUA